AUGGAAAAACUCCGUAAGAUGGAGGCUAACUUUCCUUUUGGAUUGGCCGCCGCCUCGCUUACCUGCGGGCGCGGGGUGCCGGGGAGGCGGGCCCCCGCUGGCCGGGCCCCCGGCGGCCGGAGGUGGCCGUGCCGGGCCGAGGCCGCGGCGUCGCGGAGCCGGGCCGGGCCGUGCGGGUGCCGCUGUGUUUACACCGCCACAGCCGCCGCCGCCGCCGCCACAGCCACAGCCGCCGCCGCCGGGGCUCGGCGCUCCGCGGGCGCUCAGCAGCCAGUCGCCAUUUCCCGCCUACCGACCUGCUGCACCGCACCGAGGGACCCGGAUGGCAGCGGGGCCGCCGCGCACGCGCAGCCACGGCCGGGGGAGGAGGAGGAGGGGGCCGCCGGGGGCCGGCAGCGCCGGGCAGGCCGGGAAGGAGGGGAGCGGGCGGUGGGGACGGGGAUGGGGACGGGACCGGCUCGGCUCGGCUCGGUGCCUGCCCCCGCUGCUGAGGACCGGGGGUGCCUCAAGGAGCGGCUCUGGGCCGGGCCGGGCCCUGAGAGUAACGUGCUUGGUGACCUUAGGACGGCUUCUGGAGCUGGUGUGGAAGCAGCACGCUUCCACAAAAGCAGCUUUUGUGGCACUCUGGCAGAGCAGCAGGCAGAGACCCGCAGGUUUGAAUGUAACUUCCAGCAAUUGCGUCCAGCACUUCUCAGCAAGACUCCGAAGUUGUAUGCUGCUGGAGUUCUUCUUCCGUGCGUCAGGACCCACACACAAGGAUCAGGUCACGCCUGGAAUUCUGUUUCAUAAGCUGAAGAUGGUGCAUUCCUAAAUCUUGCCUGAGGGGCUUUGUAUUUUUCUGGGGAAAAGGGUUUUAUUCCCUGGGUAAUGUGGGGGCCCUUUAAGUUCUUCAUCUUUCUUCAUGUGUAGGUACCAGCUGCUACUCUGAGCACAGUUGUUGAGUGUAGUUUAUUCUGCCAAAGUGAAAAUAACUCUGAUGUGACUAUGAGAGAUAGUUGUGUAAACAAAACGAUUCUUGUUUGGGUUUAAAUUUUUAAAAUCACCUAUUUCCAGUAUUUGUUGUUUCUCUUGCUUAUCUGAAGGGAAGAAAUGUUGUUUAAUAGGGAAACAGAACCGUGCGCUUGACUUAAAUGAGAAGCAGCUACCAGGCUCUGCUUGCUCCUUUGUGCCUAGACGUCUGUGAUCCAAUCUGGCUGUCCAGGAGCAGCCCCAGACGCGGUGUUCUGACUGCUUACACUGCAGCUGACAGGAAUCAGGAUUCAUAUGGUACUCUGCGCCUGUUCAGAAACAAAGGCAAGCACAAAUUUAAACCAACUUAAACGCAUGUUUGAUCUAGCACAGAAUGUCUUUGAAGUGUCUACAGUCAAGAAACAGUCCUGUGGGGAUGCAAAUACACAUCUGCAAGUGGUCAAGCCCGAUUUGGGGAAGUUAAACUGUGGUGUCCAUACUAGCAACCCCAUCCUUGCUACGUGGGAAGACAUUGAUACAGGUUGAGGGAUUGAGAGCACGCUGGUUUCUCAGCAGGAAGUUCUUGCAUCAGUAUCAUAACCCUGUUUCUCUCUGUCUUGAAAAUUCCAGUGUAGCCUACUAAAUAGGUAUAUAUGUCCCCACUUCCUUUUCUUCUAUUUUCUUUAAGAAACACGGUAUCCUCGGUGCUGGAGUCUUUAAAAAGCUCUAGCUAUUGCACCUCUGGGUGCCUCUGGCCCAACGUCCCCCAGCAGGGCCACGUCCAGGCGGCUGCUGGAGCUCUCCAGGAGGGCCCCCAGCACCUCUCAGCACGGCCUGUGCCAGGGCUGCGGCCCCGCAGGCACAGAACUGCUUCUGGGGCCCAGGGGGAACCUCCAGGGCUCCAGUUUUUGCCCAGGGCCCCUUGUUCUGGCCCUGGGCAGCACUGCCAAGAGCCUGACCUCACCACAUCCCCCCUGGGGUAUUUAUGAACAUUCAUAAGAUCCCCGUGAGCUUUCUGUAGUUUUUUUUUUUGUUUUGAUCCAGCUUUUUUCCAAUAUCCAGACAAACUUGUGGUACUUGACGUUUACAUAAAGCAAGCCUACGAUAGGAAGACACUCCACUGCACAUGUGCCUUUGUCGUGGGAGAAUGUAAGAACGCUUUGACAGGUGUUAAUCACUUCUGUUAAUUCACUGUUUGGAGGAAACACAAAGCUGAUAAUUCACACCAGGUUUUGAGCAAGUUUAAUAAUAGACUGCUGGCACUGUGUUACUGUUGCUGCUACCUGAGGAACAGGGCUUUAGGGAAAUGCGAUGUCAUGAAUUCAAGUAAAAUUUGAUCUUUUCCUGUGCCGUGGAAGUUGAAGCAAUCACUGUUCUGUGGUGUGUUUGGCUGCAUGCGAGCAGGGAAAUGCUUCAGUUGCUCUACUACAGGUGGGAAGCAGUGAGCUUGUGGCGGUGAAUUCUCCAAGUCCACGCGCACACACGUUUGUUCAGUCUGAAGGGAGCAGGACGUGGUUGUGUGUGCAGAGAAGUCGGGGGAGUGCCACGCUGCCCAGGCUGUGCCAUGAACUGAAGGUAAGGACCCGGCUCCUCUUCCUCCUCCACUUGUGGCUUGGCCUCGGGCGGGUCAAACAAUGCAGUGCAGGGGAGGGGCGGGGGUUUCACGCAGCCUCUUAUCAAACUGGUGGUUUCUGCAGAGGGUCUGUGGCAGGUAUUAAUGUUCCACUGAAGCAGAAGUGCAUGACAGCCUCAGGUCCAGUCACCCUGGUGUAUUUCCCAGGCAAAUCAUGCUGUGAAUCACUGAGAGUGUGUAAUUUUGCACUGCAAAGUGCUUACAAGAAGUCUUUUGCUCUGCAGGCUUUGUUUUUCACUGGUUAUGAUUUUGUCUAUAUGAAAAUGUAAAAUAAUAUUUAAUAAAAUGCAUAUAUCACUA